AUGGCUCCAAAAGAGAGAGACGCCUCCGAGUCUACUGCCGUUGAAGGCAACAAGGGCGGCACCAGACGCCCGCACCCCAAGAAGGACCACGUCCUGCCCCGCUUCAACCACAAUGGCCACAAGGUCACCACGGGCAUCCACCCCGACGGUGAAAGUGGACGGGCCGGCUUCCACCCAUGGCACUUCUUCCGCAUCUGCUACAACAGCUCGAGCAAAGCUUCCAAGGUCGUGACGUUUCUGUGGCCAUUUGUGCCAGCUGCCAUCGCUCUGCACUUUGCUAGGCCGGAGCAGCAUCUAUGGAUCUUCAUCUUGAACUACAUCGCCAUGGUCCCCGCGGCCAACCUCAUCGGUUUCGCCGGCCAGGAACUUGCCCGCAAGUUUAACAAGGUCGCCGCUGUUGUGCUUGAGACGACGCUGGGUUCGAUUGUCGAAAUCAUACUGUUCAUGGUUUUGAUCUCGCGUAAAGAGACGGCGUCUUUUGAUCCUGUACAAGUCAUUCAGGCUGCCAUUUUGGGUUCCAUCUUGGCAAACCUGUUGCUGUGUCUGGGUCUGUGCUUCUUCGCUGGCGGUAUGCGCCGCGAGGAACAAGAAUUCCAUGACGUCGUCAGUGAGGUCGGAAGCGGUCUCAUGCUGGUCGCUGGAAUGGCUCUUGUCAUGCCCUCUGCAUUUUCCUCUACCCUCGCUAUCGGAGAACACGCCGGCAAGAACUUUGACCACCAGAUUCUCGAAAUCAGUCGUGCGACCGCCAUCGUCUUGAUCAUCUCCUACUUUGUCUAUCUCUGGUUCCAAACCCGGUCCCACCACGGUCUCUACGACGAGGUUUUCGAGAAAGACGAGCUCAAGGAUACCGAUCGCCACAAGGACCUGGUCAAGGACAAGCUCACCUUCACCGAGUGCCUGCUCGCCCUCGUCAUUGCUCUAACCUGCGUUGCCAUGAGCGCCGUUUUCCUGGUCGAAGAGAUCCACUACAUCGUCGAAGUUCGUGGCGUCAGCGAUGCCUUUGUUGGUCUGAUUCUCGUUCCCGUCGUCGAAAAGGCCGCCGAGCACCUCACGGCCGUCGACGAGGCGUGGGACAACCAGAUGAACCUUGCGCUGUCGCACGUCCUGGGCGCGUGUAUCCAGACGGCGCUGUUGAACACGCCGCUCGUCGUCUUCGUCGGCUGGGGCCUUGGCAAGAAUAUGAGUCUCGAGUUCGAGGUGUUUGACUCGGUCGUGUUGAUCCUGGCCAUUUUGGUGGUGGGCUCGUUCUUGAGAGACGGCAAGAGCAACUACCUCGAAGGCUUCCUCUGCGUUAUUGUCUACGUUAUUGUCGCGGUUUGCGCCUUCUACUACCCGAAUCCGGUCCACGCCGAAGGCUCCACGGAAAAUACGGGCGAAACGAGCACCCAACACUAA